AAAUGGAAAUUUCUUGACGGAGGGAACUGGGUUUGUUCUCCCAGGCUUCGCGCUGCAGUCAGGCAGAGCCCCGGGGCAGCUCGCUCACCGCGGAGGAGCCACUUUGGAGUUUUACGCCCUUUCCAUCCACACUCCACCCAUGGACUGGAAAGGAUGUUCAGUUACUCGCGGGCUUGUUGUCUGAUACUGGGAUGGAAAGUCACAGUCCGCAGGCUGGAGUGAGGCGCGAGAAGAUGCCUGGUCCUUGCCUCGCGGACUUGGCAGCCGCGUCCUUCGGGUCUGUCCACUGAACUGCUGAGGACUCGCCCGUGUGCGGGGACCCGAGUGCCACUUCCCGGAGCGUUACCUUGCGCUCCAGCCUCCAGGCUAGCUAAUACCUGGAGGGCAGGGCAGGGCUGUUCCCGCUCUCACCCCUUGCGGAAGGAUGGCAGGAUCCGGCGCAGCGACGUAGCAGCGGGAGGGCACAGCGACCUGCAUCUCCAGUUUCUCCUCAGGACACAAGGCUGACUUCACCUUCCGGACAGCUGCAAAGCCCCUGCCAGAACCAAACCGAACUCGCGCCUCGGAGAGGGGCUUCUGGGGCCGGUUCGCUGCAGGGAGUGGGGAGUGGAGAGAGGGAAGGGGAAGCCUGGGGCUGUGUGUGCGCGCGUGGGAGCGCGCCUCGGAGCGCCCCGCACUCCCCCACUCUAUCCCCGGGGGCACUUUGGGAAGGAGGGAGUGGUAGUCGCGGGAAUGAGGGAGCAAGAGAAACCCUCUCAAAGCGACGCCCCAAACAGGUCCGGAUUUAGAAUUCGAAGCUAAAGGCUGUUAGAAAUUGGGACUCCUCGGCCUCCUUUGCAGCCCCUCCUUUCCCGCCCCGAAGCCCGGACGGUUUGCUGGCUGCCUGCUUCCCCGCCCCCGGCUCAGAGGUCUCUGGCUGGCGGGCGCCCCGUCGGCCGCCGGCUUCCUCCUUGAAACCCGCCGGCGCACAUGAGGCCGCUGCCCCCGCCGCAGGCGCUGGCGGCCCCCUCGCGGUGCCCGUGGUGAUGCCAUGCCCCGCCACCACGCGGGAGGAGAGGAGGGCGGCGCCGCCGGGCUCUGGGUGAAGAGCGGCGCAGCGGCGGCGGCGGCGGGCGGGGGGCGCUUGGGCAGCGGCAUGAAGGAUGUGGAGUCGGGCCGGGGCAGGGUGCUGCUGAACUCGGCAGCCGCCAGGGGCGACGGCCUGCUACUGCUGGGCACCCGCGCGGCCACGCUCGGGGGCGGCGGCGGUGGCCUGAGGGAGAGCCGCCGGGGCAAGCAGGGGGCCCGGAUGAGCCUGCUGGGGAAGCCGCUCUCUUACACGAGUAGCCAGAGCUGCCGGCGCAACGUCAAGUACCGGCGGGUGCAGAACUACCUGUACAACGUGCUGGAGAGACCCCGCGGCUGGGCGUUCAUCUACCACGCUUUCGUUUUUCUCCUUGUCUUUGGUUGCUUGAUUUUGUCAGUGUUUUCUACCAUCCCUGAGCACACAAAAUUGGCCUCAAGUUGCCUCUUGAUCCUGGAGUUCGUGAUGAUUGUCGUCUUUGGUUUGGAGUUCAUCAUUCGAAUCUGGUCUGCAGGUUGCUGUUGUCGGUAUAGAGGAUGGCAAGGAAGACUGAGGUUCGCUCGAAAGCCCUUCUGUGUUAUAGAUACCAUUGUUCUUAUCGCUUCAAUAGCAGUUGUUUCUGCAAAAACUCAGGGUAAUAUUUUUGCCACGUCUGCACUCAGAAGUCUCCGUUUCCUACAGAUCCUCCGCAUGGUACGCAUGGACCGAAGGGGAGGCACUUGGAAAUUACUGGGUUCAGUGGUUUAUGCUCACAGCAAGGAAUUAAUCACAGCUUGGUACAUUGGAUUUUUGGUUCUUAUUUUUUCAUCUUUCCUUGUCUAUCUGGUGGAAAAGGAUGCCAAUAAAGAAUUUUCUACAUAUGCAGAUGCUCUCUGGUGGGGCACAAUUACAUUGACAACUAUUGGCUAUGGAGACAAAACUCCCCUAACUUGGCUGGGAAGAUUGCUUUCUGCAGGCUUUGCACUCCUUGGCAUUUCUUUCUUUGCACUUCCUGCCGGCAUUCUUGGCUCAGGUUUUGCAUUAAAAGUACAAGAACAACACCGCCAGAAACACUUUGAGAAAAGAAGGAACCCAGCUGCCAACCUCAUUCAGUGUGUUUGGCGUAGUUAUGCAGCUGAUGAGAAAUCUGUUUCCAUUGCAACCUGGAAGCCACACUUGAAGGCCUUGCACACCUGCAGCCCUACCAAGAAAGAACAAGGGGAAGCAUCAAGCAGUCAGAAGCUAAGUUUUAAGGAGCGAGUGCGCAUGGCUAGCCCCAGGGGCCAGAGUAUUAAGAGCCGACAAGCCUCAGUAGGUGACAGGAGGUCCCCAAGCACUGACAUCACAGCCGAGGGCAGCCCCACCAAAGUGCAGAAGAGCUGGAGCUUCAACGACCGAACCCGCUUCCGGCCCUCGCUGCGCCUCAAAAGUUCUCAGCCAAAACCAGUGAUAGAUGCUGACACAGCCCUUGGCACUGAUGAUGUGUAUGAUGAAAAAGGAUGCCAGUGUGAUGUAUCCGUGGAAGACCUCACCCCACCACUUAAAACUGUCAUUCGAGCUAUCAGAAUUAUGAAAUUUCAUGUUGCGAAACGGAAGUUUAAGGAAACAUUACGUCCAUAUGAUGUAAAAGAUGUCAUUGAACAAUAUUCUGCUGGUCAUCUGGACAUGUUGUGUAGAAUUAAAAGCCUUCAAACACGUGUUGAUCAAAUUCUUGGAAAAGGGCAAAUCACAUCAGAUAAGAAGAGCCGAGAGAAAAUAACAGCAGAACAUGAGACCACAGAUGAUCUCAGUAUGCUCGGUCGGGUGGUCAAGGUUGAAAAACAGGUACAGUCCAUAGAGUCCAAGCUGGACUGCCUGCUAGACAUCUAUCAACAGGUCCUUCGGAAAGGCUCUGCCUCAGCCCUCGCUUUGGCUUCAUUCCAGAUCCCACCUUUUGAAUGUGAACAGACAUCUGACUAUCAAAGUCCUGUGGAUAGCAAAGAUCUUUCGGGUUCUGCACAAAACAGUGGCUGCUUAUCCAGAUCAACUAGUGCCAACAUCUCGAGAGGCCUGCAGUUCAUCCUGACGCCAAAUGAGUUCAGUGCCCAGACUUUCUACGCGCUUAGCCCUACUAUGCACAGUCAAGCAACACAGGUGCCAAUUAGUCAAAGCGAAGGCUCAGCAGUGGCAGCCACCAACGCCAUUGCAAACCAAAUAAAUACGGCACCCAAGCCAGCAGCCCCAACAACUUUACAGAUCCCACCUCCUCUCCCAGCCAUCAAGCAUCUGCCCAGGCCAGAAACUCUGCACCCUAACCCUGCAGGCUUACAGGAAAGCAUUUCUGACGUCACCACCUGCCUUGUUGCCUCCAAGGAAAAUGUUCAGGUUGCACAGUCAAAUCUCACUAAGGACCGUUCUAUGAGGAAAAGCUUUGACAUGGGAGGAGAAACUCUGUUGUCUGUCUGUCCCGUGGUGCCGAAGGACUUGGGCAAAUCUUUGUCUGUGCAAAACCUGAUCAAGUCGACCGAGGAACUGAAUAUACAACUUUCAGGGAGUGAGUCAAGUGGCUCCAGAGGCAGCCAAGAUUUUUACCCCAAAUGGAGGGAAUCCAAAUUGUUUAUAACUGAUGAAGAGGUGGGUCCUGAAGAGACAGAGACAGACACUUUUGAUGCCGCACCGCAGCCUGCCAGGGAAGCUGCCUUUGCAUCAGACUCUCUAAGGACUGGAAGGUCACGAUCAUCUCAGAGCAUUUGUAAGGCAGGAGAAAGUACAGAUGCCCUCAGCUUGCCUCAUGUCAAACUGAAAUAAGUUCUUCAUUUUCUUUCCAGGCAUAGCAGUUCCUUUAGCCAUACAUAUCAUUGCAUGAACUAUUUCGAAAGCCCUUCUAAAAAGUUGAAAUUGCAAGAAUCCGGAAGAACAUGAAAGGCAGUUUAUAAGCCCGUUCUCUUUUAAUUGCAUGAAAAUGCAUGUUUAGGGAUGGCUAAAAUUCCAAGGUGCAUCGACAUUAACCCACUCAUUUAGUAAUGUACCUUGAGUUAAAAAGCCUGAGAAACCAAACACAGCUAAUGCUAUGGGGUGUAUGAAUAUGUCAAGUUUAGGUCAUUUAGAAGAUUUGACACUGUAUUUUGAAAUUAUGGGAGUAAACACCUUCAAAUUUCAGGCAUUUCUGCUUUGUGACUAAAUACAAACUACAUUUUCAAGAUUAGGCCAUAAUGUAUAUUUAAACACAAUGGCUAUCAACAGCUGCUAAUAAGGUAUCAACUAAAGCAGAAUUGGGGAAUAAUAGAAAUGGCUGCUUAUUUCAAGAUAUAGUUGCCAACCCAUUCCUAUUCAGUCAUUUUAUUAUUAAUGUAAUUUGAAUGUCAAUUUGUGUGCUUCUGGUGAUUUAGCGCUGUGGCAAGCAAUUUUGCACAUCAUUUCCAUGUUGUUCUUUAUGACAAGAAUGUUCUUCAAUUAGAAAAUGUGCAAAUAAUGAGAUUCAGGGCCAGUGGGGCAAAUAGACUAUCUGACAUAUUUGACUUUAUGAAAACAUAUUCCCUGAUGGCAGAAUCAACUUUAUAAGUGGUCAACUUCUACACAAGCGUGUGAAAUACUGAUCAGUAGAACAGCCAUUGUGAUUGGACUGGUUUCUCUGCAAUGGCGCCAACCCCAGGCUUGCCAAUACUGCCUAUGUAAAGGGCAAGUGUGAGAAGCUAUUCUCAAUUGCUGACAUACAGGUAGGACUAUGGGGGAUGGGACAUUUGAGUGGGACUGAGAUAGGAAAGGCUUGAAAAGAACCCAGAAACACCACCAGGAAGUUGGCAAAGUAAAAGAAAAUGACUUCCCCCUCAAAGGGCAAUGAGAGGGAGAGAAACAAACCAAAAUAGAAGAACUAGACUUUUUAGAAAAUGAGUAUUGCUAGGGAAUUCAACUACCUAAUCUUCCCUUAUUCUUAUAUAUAAGCAGAGAAUUUUUGCAAGGUAUUUAUUUUUUAAUAUGCCCUGAAUGUCUUUUGCUAUUAUGUGUACAUUUUGCAUAUGAAAGUCUAAAACGAAACUUCCUUUACUUUUUAUACUGUAGUGAAAAUUUUCUAUUCUUCCCAAGAAUGUUGUCCCAAAUCUGAAAUUACUGGUUCAAUUUCCUGAUAUAAACAUUUACAAUUAGAAGCUAGAUAGUACUGGCAGGGUCUGCAAAUCAGAACACUUAAAUAUAUCAUGGCAGCAAAAAGACCAAGGGAAACAAAACGACAAAUGUAUUUAUCAGAAAGCAAGCAAUGCUGACUGCUUGUUAGAAACCCAUCUAGCUAUCUUAGGUCAUCAGAACUUCAGCCAACGUAAUGACAUUCAAAA